AUGCGGCCGCAUCAGGCGGCACCGUACAGGGGAGGCAAAAGCAGAACGUAUUUUAUCCUCUACGACUUUAUCGACUUCUUCGAAAAGGACGGACCAAGUUAUUUGCAGAGGGACAAGUACCACGACAUCAUAAACACGAUAUUUAAAAAUAUGAGCCGGCUCGAACGCGAUGCAAUCGUUUUUCAGUAUACGGACUGGGAGCAUGUGAACGACGGCUACCUCAAUCAAAAGAUGAUUGCCGAUGUUGUGGGAGAUUAUUUUUUCAUAUGCCCGACAAAUUAUUUUGCAGAAGCAAUGGCAGAAAGAGGAAUGAAGGUUUAUUACUACUACUUUACUCACAGAACCAGCACAUCUUUGUGGGGCGAAUGGAUGGGAGUAAUGCAUGGAGAUGAAAUAGAAUACGUUUUCGGCCAUCCUCUCAAUCUGUCACUACAGUUCAACUCUAGGGAACGUGAACUGAGUCUAAAAAUGAUGAGAGCAUUUGCGCGCUUCUCCAAUACAGGAAAACCCGUGACGGAUGACGUAAAUUGGCCUAUAUACACAAAAGAACAUCCCCAAUAUUUUAUCUUCAAUGCCGAUAAAACAGGAAUAGGUAGAGGACCGCGGGCAACUGCAUGCGCAUUUUGGAACAACUUCCUACCGAGACUUCGAGACAAUACAGGAUCUGGAGAAUUACCUUGCGAAGCAAGUGUGGUAGGAGCUGUCUCGUCACGAUCGCCUAGGUUUAUCACUUCUGCGUUUUCGUUUGUUUUUUAUAUUUUUAUAUCGGCUUUGAUAGUAUAGGAAAUAUACCUGUUCAUAGGGGACACAGUGUUCUACUUGCAACGGACUGAACCGAAAAUAUGGACGCGAAGGUAAUUGUGGAAAUAGAAGCAACGCUGCGUUAUCAGCUUGUCCCUGCAUUAUCAGCAUCGCAAGUUUCUUCGGUUCCGAAUUAGAAUUAGGACAUAAUACUCCUGCCUUUCUCCCUUUACCUACGAACAUAAAAUAAUAAUGAAGCUUGUAUACUAUUUCACAUAAUAGAUGAGUAAAUUAGUUGAAAUGAACAUAGCAUGCUCGUAGCAUUUGUGUGCAAAGGACUGUCACGGUAUUCAGUGUAAAAACUGCAAAAAUGCAUUGUGUCGACAAUCACGCCCCUAAUAAAUACUCUUAUGCUAGUUAUAGGCUGUGCAACAUUUGCAACGCGCAUGCAUAAAGCUUUAUAUCGUAAUUGUAUUUGUAUAGAUUCCUAGAUAGAUUUAUUGAUUUGUUAUAUGUUAAUUGUUAUAUGGAAGCAUAAAAUGAUGUAUAAAGAAUUAUUUACAAGAAGGUAACUUUGUUGGGUUACAGACAAAUCAGCCAAAUAAUCAGUAGACUUAUUAGGUGUUUUAGAUGUAUGAACAAUAAUAUAGGCAAAUUUCAAAGUUUAUACCUUAUUAAAAUUAGAAUAUUUCGGCCGUAUUUAUAAACUAAACCCACUUGUUAACAUGUAUCUAUAAGUAGGUAGGUAUCUAAUUAGAAACACAGACUGGAAAUCCUCUAACGCUCAACUAAAACACUUUUUUCUAGCAUUAUUGAAGAAGAAUGCACAUAAAGCGCUGCUGAAUUGCCACAAUAAAACGUUUCCCCAUUAGAAUUUUUGGAUCUAUAAAUGGUGUGUAAUAUAUUCAAUUACAUAUAAGACUAAAGCAAUAAAGGGAAAAUGAUUUACUAAAGCUAUAUUCUGAAAUUCACAAACGUGUUAUUAUGUUGCUGCCUUAGCCACUAUCGUGUGACUUUACUGCACCAUAUAGUAUAUUAUCUACAUUCCAUAAAAUCUUAAUUUAAAAAAAAGAAUAAAAUUUAUUACCAACCUACAGGGUUAUAUCACUUUAAAAUAUCAGUUUUUUUACCCUAACACUAAAAGUAAUAAAAAUAUAUUUGAAAUGUAAAUAACUAUAUAUCGCUAAUAUUUUUAUAGAACUGUUUACCUUUUAUAAAUACGGCUACAGUUUUAUAAAUAACGUAAGCUAGUCCACAAUUUUACUGAGAAUAAGGUAUAACAUUUGAAUAAGAACUGCAAAUUAUAGGGAAAGAUGUUGACAAAUAUUAACCUGGUUCCCGAUGUAAUACGUAGAAUUAGUUUUUAUUUUAUUAAAGGUGCUACUUUAAAAACAACGCUUACAAUGAUUCAGUUGCAUGUCAGUGACGCUAGAUUGUAUGUCUCACACUUGCUUUAAUUGAUAGGGAUAUAUAAUAUGCUUCAAGUGUGAAAAACGCACCUUAAAGAAAUACACGCAAUUUUUUCUUAGAUAGAUAUCCUUAGGGGUAUAAUUUUGAUGGAGUGAAUGCGCGCAGUAAGCUGUUUUCUUUUAAUUUCUCUUUCUGAUCGUCUUUAGUUACCUGGUAGUGCAAGUAUCUGUCCAACACCACUCACUUGUCAAUUGUAACACGUACAAUAAAUUAUAAUAUACAACCAGCUUAGUUAAGUGCACAAGGCUUUCUUUGUGCUGCUGGUUGCUCAUAAUUAUGCGCUUCAUACUAAGUCUAGUUUCAAUUUAGCAAUGUUAUCGUUGGUGUUGAUCAAUUAACGUGCCACUACACUUCCAUUUUUUGCACUUCCGUCUAAUUUCUUCUAAAUUUUAACUCUGGGUAGCGUUAAUUGACCAAAAACAACCAAAAGUCAGUGGUAGCCUCGCCACACCGUCUAACGCCUAAUUAGAUUAGUGCCUGAUUAUACUAUUACUAUAUACUUGUAGGAUGUAACUGUUUAUAUGUAUGUAAGGUAAGACAAAAACCACUUAAUUAUAUGAAACAAACAUAUCAAUUUUACAUAUCAUUGUAAGAAUAGUUCCUCGCAGUCAAUGGACGGUGAUUUAUACCGAACUGUAGAUGUUACGUCAAAAGACACCUGUUGCACUUGAAGUGUUAAAUUCAGAACCGAGAUCAUUUGUUACAAGCACCGUCCUAGCAAGUAGUUAAUCGGCCUGAAAAAUAGUAAGAAUGUAAAUAAACUUCUGGAAACUGACCAAUACCAUGAUUAAAAUAUUCAAUGUAUUUCACAUUAGCACCACAAAAUUUUAUUCAACUGAAAAUUACGGUAACGUUUAGAGCGCAGAACUGUAAAUAGUAGUUAAAUCUGACAAUCAUUUUGAUUAUUAAUUGUAGUACAAAGUUUCUGAUUUCAUAUUUUGCUAUGCUUAAAAUUAUAAAUACACAUUUGUACGUAAGGUUUCUGGAGGUUUGUUAACUUUAUAGUCAAUUACAAAGAAACACUGUAAACCGUGCUAAACAAUCAUUUGAUGGCAACGGCACAUAUCAUUAAUGUGACUUCCCCUGUAAUGUCCAAUACGAUUUAAAUGCAAAAAUUUAUACGUAUUUGAUACUAUACACCACCCUUAAUGUUGUAUUUUCUAAAGAUAUACAUGAUAAAAAAAUAUAGCCUAGCAUGUUUGAUCUCUAGUAUACAAGAAAACUCUCUGUUGCACUUAAAAGGGAACGCUUGCUUCAGUUUAUUUUGUAUUCGAUGUGAUAUACUUCUGUGACGUUAAAAAUGAUUUUAUGUGACGUACAACAUGUUUGGUGAUAUCACUAACACAAUCGUUACCCCAAUUCCUUCCAAUCCUUUGACGUACCUACCUACGGCACAUCAGCAACUCAGUUUCAUUCAUAUUUUCUUAUAAAAGCAAGUGCAUCACCAAACAAACUGUAAGUCUAAUGUAAGAUAUGAAGUAUAUGAAAUCUAUAUAGUCGUAAGUGUAAAAUGGCUGUUAAAGCAGGUAACGUCCUGCUACUUUUAAUUAAUUUGAGAAAUUUGUACACUGACCGCUCUGAAGUCAAUAUUUAUUGUAACAUAGUUAAGCCUUAGCGGUGACAGAUUAUGUAAAUGUAGCUUAAAAACAGUAAUGUAAUGUUAUACGUAGGCCUAUGUAGCGCAAUGAAUUGUAAAAUUUAUUUUAUUAUGUUUAGACGUUUAUCUUUCUUUCUAGUAAUUUAAAUGUCUUUAUAAAGUAGACACCUAAGUGAAGAUUUCUACAUACAUAUUUACUUUGUAAUAUUUGCAAUAUUUUUAUCUAUUUUCACCAUAUAAUAAACC